CUCUCUUCAGCUCGUCUCACAUCAUGUCCAGGCCCUCCGCCGGUACCUACAUCAUCUACAACCGGGUGCUCAGCCCCAAGGGCGAGAAACUCGCCUUCACGUUCACCGGUCAGAACAAGACGCAGACGGUGACGCCGCUCUCGAACGACGAGACCCAGAAGUGGAUCAUCAAAGACUACAACAGCAACACCCAGACGAUUUCUCCCGAGAGCAACGCCAAUCUGCAGGCUGCGUGGGGAGACCAGGGCGUAACGGUCCUCCCUGCGGGUGCCUACGUAUGGGUGAUCAAGAGCACUGAUUCUGGAUACACCAUUCAGGACGGCAAGCAGACGGUGUACUGGGGAGUCGCUGACGCCGUUGACAAUGCAAACGUGACGAUCACUGCUGGCACUGGGAAUGAGAAGCAGAGGUGGAUCUUCCACCAGGCCUGAAUGUGUCGGCCCGUUAGUUGUGUUAUGCUAUCCUCGCCUGGGCGGGUGACGUGAAGUCUCGUGUGGAAGCAAUGUAACAGUAGUAACGCUGAA